UGCUCGGGACACACGCUGCAGUACCUCCUGUGGCUGUGCGCGGCGCUGCACACAUGGCAGGCCGGGCUGGCUCCUCCGCUCGCGGCCUUCUCCUCUUUUUGUCUGAACACUGAUCCCUGUACCGCUCGCUAUACGGUGUGUGCGAUAGCCUCCGAGCCGCGUCCUAACACACUGUCAAACCACUCCAAACCGAUACAACCGCGAACAAAAGCUUUAAUCGUGCACACUUUGCCAUGGUGGACCGCUCGUGUUUGUGUCCGUGCGUGUGAACUCGCCUUGAGUCGGUUUGUAGCUCUCUGUGCAUCAGUCUUUAUUAGCGAACCCCAGCUGCCGCUCUCCGCGCUACCAGCUAUUUCUUUAACUUUUUUAACACUCGGCUUCGCGAAUGACUGAGCGCCGGCGGAGUAUGGGAUCCUUGGUGUCUUAAGAAGCGACCGAAGUGGACUUUAAGCGUUUUGGCGUGCAUAAACAAUGGCAAAUUCGACGGGCAAAAAUCUACUAGAUCAGCGAAGGAAAAAACAGGCUUUCCUGGACGAGCUGCGGCAAUUUCACCAAGCCAGAGGAUCACCGUUUAAAAAGAUUCCUGUCGUGGGUGGGAGAGAGCUGGACCUCGGUACUCUCUAUGUUAGAGUCGUAUCUUUAGGUGGCUUCGCAAAGGUUUCUGAGAAGAAUCAAUGGGGUGAACUGGGCGAGGAGUUUAAUUUUCCACGGAGUUGUUCGAAUGCAGCUUUUGCUUUAAAACAGUACUACCUUCGGUAUUUGGAAAAGUACGAGAAAGUUCAUCAUUUUGGCGAAGAUGAUGAUGAAUCGCAGCCGGGAAAUCCCAAAAAUUCUCUUCCACUUGGUGCAAUCCCAAACUCCUACAACUACCAGCAACACGUCGUAUCAGACUAUCUGCGCCAAAGCUACGGCCUGUCCACAGACUUUGUUGCCCCAUGCGACUACAACAAACUGGUGCUGUCUCUGCUGUCGGGGCUCCCAAAUGAAGUGGACUUCGCGGUCAACGUUUGCACUCUGCUUUCCAAUGAGAGCAAGCACGCCAUGCAGCUGGACAAGGACCCCAAACUGGUUACGCUCCUGCUCGCCCACGCCGGUGUCUUCGAUGACUCGCUCGGCAGUUUUUCUGGGGUUUUUGGGACAGACUGGAAAGAGAAAACCUCCCGGGACUUUGUCAGGUUCUGGAAGGAGGUGGUUGAAGACAAUGAAGUCAGAGAGCUCCUUUGGGACAAGACCAGUCCAGUACAAGAAGGCAGCGACUGUUGGCUCUUCCACCCCCCACGGGCCCAGGGCAUCAGUGACAUGGAGUCCCAGAGGGUGCUGCAGGUGGCUGUCAUACUCAGAAACUUGUCCUUCGAAGAGGCCAACGUGAAGCUGCUGGCGGCCAACCGGACGUGCCUGCGCUUCCUGUUGCUCUGCGCUCACUGCAGCCUCAUCUCACUCCGGCAGCUCGGGCUAGACACGCUCGGGAACAUCGCAGCGGAGUUGUGUUUGGACCCCAUAGACUUCAGAACGACUCAUCUGAUCUUUCACACUAUCACCAAAUGCUUGAUGUCCAGAGACCGGUUUCUCAAAAUGAGAGCCAUGGAGAUCCUGGGUAACCUGAGUAAAGUGGAGGACAACGGCGUGCUGAUCUGUGAGUACGUGGAUCAGGACUCAUACAGGGAAGUGAUGCUUCUGCUCACACUGCCGGACCUCAUGCUGCUCAUGGCAUCUCUGGAGGUGCUCUACCUCCUGGCUCAGCUUGGAGAAGUGCCCUGCAGCAAGAUCUCCUCUGUCGAGCACAGCAUUGACCUGUUAGUACGACUAGUAUCCAUAGACCUCCACACAUUUGGUCCUGAUGCACUGACAGCUGUGAGGUUGAUAGAGCACCAGGCUAAUGCUGAACAGGUUGCUGAAGUGCGCCCCCAGCUGGUAGAGCAAGUCCCUGCAGCUACCCCCGGAGCCCCAGCACCAGUGACACGGGCCCCUGGGCAGCCCAACCAACCUCCUCCGGGUAUCGUUGAACUUGAUGGAGAGAAAUUUACACUGCAAUGGCUGAAUGCACACUUUGAGACCAGUCCAGAGGCCAGUGUCUCCAGAUCGGACAUGUACUCGGAAUAUCUGACCACCUGCAGCAAAAUGGGCAGAACCAACAUAGUCAACUCCACGGGCUUCCUCAAAUGUCUACGGACUGUGUUCCCAAACCACACUAUGCGGCGGCAGGAGGAGUCCAAGACAAACGGACAGCUCCAUAUUCUCCUGGUUGGGAUCAAGCGGAGAGCGAUCCCUCUGCCUGUUCAGCUCUACUACCAACAGCAGCAACAGAACCCUGCAGCACCCCCUGUGGCCCGACACGAAACUCCGGGAGACCCACAAGCUCCUCCUCCAGGUUUACCUCCAGGACAUCCCGGACAGUUUCCGCGACCUCCGGUCCCUCCGUCACAGGACGCUUCUCAUCCCACUCAGCCUUGCGCCCCUCCACGCCCCCCUUUACCUGCUCAAAUCUCCCCUCAGAUCACCUCAAACCCACAACAACCCAUCCCAAACAUCCGACCCCCUAUGGCUGUCCAAAUCCCCAACUCCUCCUCCCCUGCCCUGCAACAUCACAGUCCGCAAAUCACUCAAAACACAGUGCCCUCUACUGUCCCUUCUGUGCCACAACAACAGCACUCCCCAAUGCUUCCCAGUGGAACCCCAGUCACACUAUUCCAACAAGUACCCCCUGGACAUAUUCUCACAGCGCGGGUACAAGGAGUGUGCCCGCCAAUCCAGCAACAACCCCAAAUUUCUCCACAAAUGGACCCUUCUCAAACUUCCUCAUCUUUAACAGGAAAUGGCACGGGUACUAUCCCAAAUGCACCCAAUUCACAAGCGUCGCGGGUUGCAUUUCAAAAUAUUGCCCCCAAACCAGCUCCUGCUUCAAUAGCCAAUCAAAAUCAAAGCGUAGUAAUAGUGAGUCCACAGCAGACACAAACAUACAAUCCUGCCAUUCACCAGAUAGUUUUAGCUAACCCUGCACCUCAAACUAUUCAAAUCGCAACAGGGCAAGCCUCCUCUUCCCCCUCUGGAACACUUUCACCCAAUAACAUGCAUUCAAACCAAAAUGUCAGCCACUCCCUAUCCAAAAGACCGCAGUUAUCUCCAGCACCCCCUAUCCCUCCUCCACCACAGCCUACCUCCACAGAGUCAAGCUUAAUCAAACAGCUACUGCUUCCAAAAAGAGGUCCCACAACGCCAGGGGGAAAGCUAAUACUACCUGCCCCACAAGUACCGCCUCCAAAUAGCGUCAUCGCCCCAAGUACGCAGGUCCUGUACCAACCUCCUCAACCACAGCAGCUAAACGUCCAGCUUGUCCCGGGGCAGAUACAGACACCGGUUGCUCCUACUUUGCUAAUGCCAGGGCAGAUCAUUACGACGAGUUCAUCAGGAGCGGCCAUUAUCCAGGCUCCCAGUGCAGCGGCGGGCAUGGCGUUCACUGUAGUUCCUAACACGGGGUUCACGAAUUCCUCAGCUGGAGUCGCUGUUAGCCAGGGAGCAGUGACCCCGAGUGUCCCACCAAACUCACUUAUAUCUGGGACAGUCCCACAACACGCGCCCCAACCGCCACCCCCACCACCAGCCCCCCUCAGAGGAGACAAGAUCAUCUGUCAGAAGGAGGAGGAGGCCAAAGAUGCCACAGGACUGCACAUCCACGAGAGGAAGAUAGAAGUCAUGGAGAACAACUCUAUGACUGAAGACUCUGCCAAAAAUAACGGGGUAACGGAGGGGGCCAAGCUGCUAAAUGGGCGCAAGUGCGUGGAGUCAGAUCUACCUCCAUACCACUCAGGGAACAGCCAGGGGGCACUCAACGGCCCCGCCUCAGAGGGACAUCCUGCCAAUGGGAAGCAGGUGCACUCCCCAAUGAUGGAGGAGAGAGAGCAGCACCCCGAACCCAAAAAGACUCUGGUGAACGGGGUGUGUGACUUUGAACGGGAUGGUAUGGGAGUCAAUUUUAACAAAAACAUUCCAAAUCACAUUGCUUCCAAACAGUUUUUGGGGAAUGGGGAGGUGGACCCCUCAGAGAAGCCUGUCCCACAGGACACUGCCAAAGCCCUCACAAAUGGACCCCAGACUGUCUCUAAUGGACCUGUAGGGGCCUCUGUGCCUACUCUCAGACACUCCUCCCCUCCCCCAGUCCCUGUCCCCGUCCAGAGCCAGUCCAACGCAAAUGGGGUCUCCCCCGAGGGGCGCUGCCUCAAACGUCCUGCGGAGGAGGAGCGGGCCUCUGGGAUCCCAAACAAAGUGGGAGUGCGGAUCAUCACCAUCAGUGACCCCAACAACGCGGGGAGCAGCUCCACCAUGGUGGCUGUCCCUGCAGGCACAGACCCCAGCACAGUAGCCAAAGUAGCAAUAGAGAGCGCCACCCAGAGGAACUGCAGCGCAACACAACCCACCAGUACAGGACAGCCUGCAGUAACGCCGCCCCCUCCUCCUCCUUUGUCCCAGCCAACUUCAGUGUCCAGCCCUCAGCCCACACCUCCGCCUCCCUCUGCAGCUCCAGCUCUUGCCCCGGAGCAGAGCAGGAAACCAGGGCAAAAUUUCAAGUGUCUGUGGCAAUCCUGCAAAAGAUGGUUUGACACACCCAGCCAGGUGUUCUACCACGCAGCCACACAACACGGAGGCAAAGAGGUGUACGGAGGCCAUUGUCAGUGGGAGGGCUGUGACCCUCUGCCCCGGCAGAGACUCUCCUUCAUCACACAUCUACAGGAUAAGCACUGUUCUCGAGAGGCUUUACUGGCCGGACUGAAGCUGGAGGAGCAGAGGGCGCAGAGUCCUAAUCAGACUUCCUCUCAGACUCCACCAGCGGGAGGCAGCACUCCAGCACCAAGAGCACCAAAAGCUAUUGUCAAUCAUCCGAGUGCAGCUCUGAUGGCUCUGCGCCGCGGCUCUCGAAACCUCGUCUUUCGGGACUUCACCGAUGAGAAGGAGGGACCAGUGACGAAACACAUAAGACUCACUGCUGCCUUAACGUUAAAGAACAUAGCAAAGCACUCAGAUUGUGGUCGCAUGUUGGUAAAAAAGCACGAGACUCACCUUUCAGUGCUUGCACUAAGUAACAUGGAAGUCUCCACCACGCUCGCCAAAUGCCUUUAUGAACUGACGCGUUCACUGCAGACACAGACCCAGACCCAGGUGUAACCCUAAAGGACAGACCCACCCCCCUAUGCCCCUCUCCUGCCCUGGACAUGUGGCUGAUUUGGGGUGAGGUAAAUGGGACAAACCUGGCACCCACCUCUGCUGUCCCAACCUCCACAAACUCAACACAGACUCCUCUUUUUUGCCAACGAUCUGUUUCCAAAACCAUUUUUCACACUCAAAAACAAACUGCCACGGGGUCUUCCACCAGCCGCCCACAAGGGGGAGCUCUACUCGGACUGCUUCCCUGAGGGACCCUCCUCCGCAUCAACAAAACCCCAGAAGAAAUGCGAGCACAUUUUGGUUUAAUUUUCUACCAAAUUGGACACGUAUGAAUUUUGACUGAAGCAGGACACUUUCAGAGGUGCGGCGAUCAUUUGGCGACUGGUGACAUGGACUACAAAUACUUGUUCUUUGUUGUUUUUCUUUAGAAAUUUGGUAGCUUGGUUUUUCUUACUUGAGUCAUAUAUUUUCACUUAUUUAUUAUUGAAAUAAAUACCAUUACAAUUAAUAAAAAGAUUCUUGUAAAUAUGAUGUGAAUAUAUAUAAAGAAAAAUCCUCUUUCACGCCCGAUGGAGCAGCCACUGGAGAGCGCUGUGGAGUCAUAGAAGCAUUACUUUUGGUAGGAUCAAAUAGUUAUUUUGUUUUUGUUUUGCGUUUUUUAAAGAUCCCUGGUCACUUGUAUCUAAUGUGAUUCUAUACUCAGCAGUGGAUGAAUGUACUUAAUACAUGUAAAUACUUCUUGCAAAGGUACUGUUUGCUGUAAAACUUAGGGCGGGGAUUAAAAAGCAGUUUUUUGUGGAACUGUGACUCUUUUGUAUAAUAAUAAUAACUUGUAGACUCAUUUUGCUGGCUGAAAGAGUAUAAUAUAUCUUGUCAUUUUGUAGAAGAAAAAAAAUAUCAAAAGUAUCCUCCUUGCCCCCUUGACUUCCUUCACUCUCCUUCCCACGAUUUCAACACGCACACGAUUUAACAUAUACCCACUGUAUACGUGUUUUGUCAUAGUACGGGCAAGGGCGCACGUACCAAGCGAGUUUUUUUGUAUUUGUACAAUUGGUUUAAAUACAUGGAUUUUUAUACAGGACUUCUCCCUUGUUCCUUUUUGCUUUACGUGCAGCAGGUAUGAUCUUUUCUUCACGGCGUUUUUCUAUCCUAAUAUAGUGUGGAGUUUUAUUGUACUAUUUUUUCAUUCUUAAGUCAUUGCCACAUUCCUGUACCUGGAACUCUGUCCUUCUUACGGUGUGUUGUGUAACAUUAAAUUGACUGCCUCCUGUUUGCGCCAACCCGGGCCACUCCCCAGAUCUGCAGUGUCCGUAGGAUGUGUGACUAUAGACCUAACAGUCUGUUAGAGAUUGGCUUUAUUUACUUUGGUGACUGUUUAUAGUUUUUAAAUAAAACACUGAACAUUUUG